AUGCAGUCGUUUUUACUGCUACUUUUUGGUCUGGCAUCGCUGCAGUAUGCGCUGGCUGAAUUCAAUUUCUAUGCCAAAUACGAUGAAGCUACGGCCACGGAAACUCUUGGUCUAUCCACCCGGUGCUUAUCUGCCUUGAACCAAACUGUCGGCUGUGAUGCUGUCAAUGCGGCUCGGGCAGCAAAUGGUGCUGAUGGUGAAUUCUGGUUUAGGGAUAAUGUAACUUCGCUAUGUACCGUGGAGUGCUCAAAGGCUCUUACGUCUUGGCUCUCAGACGUCGACAUUCAAUGUUCCAGUGAUCAGCUUGUCACCAAUGGCCGUUUCAUUGAUCCUUAUACGAUCCCUCUGAAGUACGUCGCUGGUUAUGAUAUGGCUUGCCUGCAAGAUAGAAGAUGGGGUGCCGACCUGUGUUAUGGCGACGAUCCUCCACCCAAGUGCGAAAAACAAAUCUUGACGAUAGAAGACGAGACCCCCGAUUUUGAAGAGAUGUCUGUGACCGAUAUGUACAGCGAGGAUUUGUUUUGCAGUGAAUGCUUUAUGCUGAUAUGGAGACAACGACUGCUUUCUCCAUUCCUCUCUCCUGGGAAAUUUGCGGAGUAUCUGUUUGACCAGUUCACUAAAAUGAAAGAUACCUGCUCUCCAGACUCAUCAGUUACGACUCCUGAACCUUCUGGAGAGAAUGAAACCCCCACAUCCGUUGGAAAACGAGCAGAAAAUCCUUAUGAAAACGCUGGUAGGAUUUCAUGCAAUUCGAACAACCGAUGUGGACCUUGUAGUCUUGAUGACUCAAUUCCAGAAGAUGUCCCGAUUGAUCCUACACCUUCUAAUCCAGUCCCAGACGACUCCAUUCCCGAAAAAGGAGGUCCUGCAGAGUCUAAACCUGCCAGUCCAACUCCAGACAACCCUACUCCCAGCACCACUCCUCCGAGUGAUGUUGCUGAUGGUCCUACCAAAAGUCCGAUACCCGUGGAUCCAACCUCUGUCAGCCCCAUCCCGCCAAAUGAAACAGGGCGCCCUGAUAAUAGCACAUCAAAGAUUAGUUUAGACGGAAAGUGCAGUCCCGAUAUCUCGUGUACCGGAUCUAGUUUCGGCGAAUGUUGCAGCAUCAAUGGCUUUUGUGGGACAGGACCUGAAUGGUGUGGUCUCGGGAACUGUCUCUCUGGCGCUUGCCAGAAAGACACGAGCGGGAUAAGCUUUGAUGGAACUUGUGGGCCCCUGUUCCCUGCUAACAGGACUUGUGUUGGCUCAAAAUUUGGCGAUUGUUGUAGCACCUCUGGUUAUUGCGGCACCGGGCCCGGCUGGUGUGGCUAUGGAAAUUGCUAUUCGGGUGCUUGUGAUACCUCACUGGGUGGCGUGAGCUUGGAUGGAACCUGUGGUCCAAAGUUUUCAGGAAAUAUGACAUGUGUGGGGAGCGCAUUUGGAGAGUGUUGCUCAACGAGCGGAUUCUGUGGAACUUCAUCACAACAUUGCGGUAUUGCAACCUGCUAUUCUGGAAAAUGUGAAGCCAGUCCCAAGGAUGGCAACGAUAAGGACACGGAAGAUAAGGACAAGGGAGAGAAGGAAAUGGAAGAUAGUGAUAGGGGAGGUAAGGAGAAGGAGGAGAUGGAGGAGAAGGAGGAUGGUCGCACUGAAGACAAGGAAAAGGGAGGGAAGGGAGUAGACGGUAGGGAUAAGGGCGAACAGGAAGGGAGUGGGAGAAGGGGAGUCCAAGGACAUGGACGUCGGUGGGAUUAA